GCCCGGCGCGCCUCCCGGGCUUGCUCAUGAGGCCUCUACCGAGCCGGAGGAGGGAGCACCGCGGCAUCUCCCUGGGGCUGCUCGCCCUCCGCCUGGCCGCAGCCUGCUGUCUGCAGAGUCAGGGCGUGUCACUGUACAUUCCCCAGUCUGCCAUCAAUGCCACGGUGGAGGAAGACAUCCUGCUCUCCGUGGAAUACUCCUGCCAUGGCAUCCCCACCAUCGAAUGGAAGUAUACAUCCACCUGGGGGGUGCAGAGGAUCGUGGAGUGGAAGCCAGGGACUCAGGCCAACAUCUCCCAGAGCCACAAGGAUAGAGUCUGCACCUUUGACAAUGGCUCCAUCCAGCUAUUCAGUGUGGGCGUGAGGGAUUCCGGCUACUAUGUCAUCACGGUGACCGAGCGCCUGGGGAGCAGCCAGUUUGGCACCAUCGUGCUGCAUGUGUCAGAGAUCCUCUACGAAGACCUCCACUUCGUCGCUGUCUUCCUUGCUUUUCUCGCUGCUGUGGCCGCAGUGUUAAUUAGCCUCAUGUGGGUUUGCAAUAAGUGUGCAUAUAAAUUCCAGAGGAAGAGAAGACACAAGCUCAAAGAGAGCACAACUGAGGAGAUUGAGCUACAGGAUGUUGAGUGUUAGCCAAGGCUGAGCCCAAUGACAUUCCUACCUCAAGAGGAAAACUAUUUUCCAGUGGAAGGAGCAAACAUACCGAUCCAUGCUAAGAGCCUCCUGUUAUCCUGCCACAGCCGCCCAUUCCUGAUGGGCCUGCGGGCCGUGGACAGAGUGGACUGCAUGGAGUUGAGGACUCUGGAUUGGACCAAG